AUGAAUGUAGCGGCUCCCGCCGCCCGUUUCCCGUCCGUGAGGACGGCCUUCAGAUCGCACGACCAUAUCUCCUCUCGCCUCCAGGCCUGUCGUUCCUCCCGGAACAUCGGACACGCGAAGAGGAUGUCCGCUAUCGAUAUCCGGGAUUCUCCGGCUGUAGAGGAAAUGUCGCAGUCCGAUAUGUCCGGUUCGCAUCUGGGUGACUACUGUUGA